AAUUUAAACAGAAUCUCAAUAUUCAAGGGAUCCUUUAGCAGAGGCUGAGCAGCAUCGAAUCUGCGCAUGCGCGCUGCUGACUCGUCGUAAUCCUCGCGCAACUGCGCGUGCUGAAGAGAAACAGGCUGAAUUAAGAACGGAAUCAAAUAAAUCGCCGCAGCACAGACACGCAUGCACAUCCAAAACUGCGCUUUAAACACUCGCAUGCUGUCAUCAUGAGUCCCGCGAGCAGAUGCAUGAAAGCACCGCUGCAGUUUGCCUGCUGUGUGUGUGUGUUUAUGCGGCGCGCGGCAGCAGCAUCAUCAUCCUCACCAUCAUCAUCGGCUCCAGCAGAAUCAUGAGUGUCCGAACUGGUUUACAGAACCGCCACGGACUGAACCGCACAUCCGCACGGGAGCUUUUCUACCGCAGGGAUUUGUCAGUAUCUUUCACCCGGAUGCUUUCGCUGCAGGACCGCAGUUGAAGAGACUCCACGUCGGACCGGAGAACCGGCGGAACCGGAGCGCUCAUGUCCUCACCGGGCCCGAGACCACUGCACCUCACCCGAGCCUCUCUGCGCCGUUAAAUAUUCAUAGUCACGAUUUGAGUGUCAAACUUGAUACUCCGGUGGCCGAAGAGACAAACGAGAGCCUUUAAAGCCACCGCUGACUCGGUGUAAACAUCUGCAUGAGAUGAGCCGCUGGAUCUGUGAAAGCAGGACGAGCUUCACUGCAGCAGCUGCAGCCUGACCCGCUGAGGGCCUCCGCCGGGUCACAGGCUCAGAGAAACCCGCUGGUCAUCUGAGCCCACCGUAUGCACGCCCGUACACACACUGACACCGAUACACGGCUGCUUUUCAAAACACACAGGCUUGCAUGCGUGUACAGUCACACAGAUGUGUGCAGUUCACAGGUUUGCUUCGUUGUGUCUGCUACUUUUAGUUUAAAUACUGGCUGGUUAUAGAAUCUCGACUAUAAGAGAGGCAUGCACGAUAUCUGCCAAUACUUACUGAUUUAUAUAUAAACAUAUAUAUUUUUACAAUAUAACCAGUGUUUUUAAGUUUUUUUAAAUAUUACCAGGAUCAUUGGAUAACUAAAAAUGGCUGUUUUUAUAAUGUUGUCCAACAUUUAUGUUAAAUAAUUGUAAUUUUUAAAGCAUGCUUAACUUUAUAGGGUAACUAUAUCAGCCAUGAAAUAACACCAAUUAUUGGUAUCACCUUUAAAAAUUUGGCCUUCUGGUUAUGUUUUAACUAGUGCAUCUGUUUAAGUCAGGAUGUAUUAUGCACAUUGUUUUUAAAAUUGCCUGUGUCUGCAUGCAUAUGGGAUUAAACGCGCGCGCACACUCUUGCAUGCGUUGAUGCACACACACUCCUAUGCUUGUUCUCAGGCCACUGAUGUUUGUUUGCGAUGAAAGGAAUAUUUGCUUCUGCAGGCUGGAUGAAAUGUGACGCAUCGUAAUCCCGGUGACAGCUGCGGAAAGAUGAGCCACAGACAGAAAGAGAGAGAGAGCGAGACGGGCACAGAACAUGAUUAGAGGGACUGCGCCGUGACUCACAGAAAAACAAGACGCUCCGAUGGAGACUGGAAACUUUUGUUCCUGCGUCAAAGUUCUUCUUUUAAACCCGUGAACCAAGUGUUUAAGUUUCAAGCGCUUCAAUGAUGUGUUGCACUAUACCUGAAGCGUCGUCCUUCCUCUCCGGCGAGGUUACGGCAGGUUAAUCACAGUCGCCGGGAGACUGAGGGCCCGUGGCUCCUGCAGACCUUUGGGAGCCGCCAGCCGUGAAUCCUGUGAACUUCAUAGCAUGAAAGUGUCAGUGUAAAACACAUCCUGAUGUUGAUCUCUGGCAGACUGGAGGAGAUGUGUGAUCCACCGAACUGAGUUUCACCUUUGACCUUUGUGUAUUUAUGCGUAUGAAAGACAAACAGAGGGACUUGGCGUGUGUGUUUAAGAGUUGUUGUGGCAAUGGGGAGCUCUGCGUCGUCUUUGACCACGGAUAGGGAAUCAGAUCACGGCUUCGGAACGGCUCCGUUCCCCGCAGCUGCACCGAUGGGUUGGCUGAGGACCAGUCACAGCAGUCCGGUGUGGGGAACCACUUUCAUCACCCGCCAACAGCAGCAGCACCAGCAGCCUAUUCCACACAGAGAGCGCAGUCAUUCUCAUUCACCUGGUUCGAUGGAAGCAGUUGUGAGGAAUUCUGAUUGGUCCUGCGGGCGCUGCACGUUCCUCAACUCCAGCGGCUCUAUGCGCUGCUCCAUUUGUGAAGCUCCCCGACAGAAGCCGGAUCUGAACCACAUUCUGCGCCUCAGCAGUGCAGAGGAACCCCGCUGGUCCUGCCCACGCUGCACUCUCACCAACCACCACGGGUUAGGCUCCUGUUCUGUGUGUGGAGCUGCUCCGGUAACACCCAACGGACCCCUCCCACCCAAACAAACCCCGCCCACUCCGAUUGACCUCGCCUCUAGCCCUGAACCUAAAGGUCAGGUGGCGAAUGGGGAAUCCCAGUGCAUAGAGUCCAAUGGGGAGGUGCCUAUGAGUGGGCAGGGCUCCUCAGAGUGGGCGUGUCCUCGUUGUACUUUAGUGAAUACUCCAGUUGCGUUGUCGUGUUCAGCGUGUGGUGGUCCGAGGAAACUUUCCUUACCGAAAAUCCCUCCGGAGGCUCUAGUGGUACCAGAAGUGCGCACACCUGUGGCAGGGUUUCCUACGCAAACGGCAGGAGCAUCUGCACCUCUUCUUAUCGAUCUAACCGAAGAUUCUCCACCGCAGGCACCGUCUGAAACCCCAUCUCCACCCCCUGUCCCGUUUCUGCCCCCUUCGUUGUCCUCACUUCAAAAUAAUCCUGUGCCUCGCAGCCGAAGAGAAGUCCCGCCCCCUGGGCGGCCUCCAAACCCUGGCCCCUCACCAACCUCACCUUCAUCCUGCCCACCAACCAAGCCUAAACCCCUCCCACCAUCAGGUAAUUACCCAGUCAAGCGCCUCAGCGUGCUGGAGGAGGAGGAGCCUAAUAACCCCACCCCUCCAGUCACAUCUCCGCCUUCCUGGAAGUGCCCCGGAUGCUCCGCCCCAACAGCUCCUCCUUCAUCGUCUGCCGGGCGCUGCGAUGCAUGCAGAGGGUCGAGGCCGGGUUCGGGUGGUGAUGUCAUCGAUGUGCUCGGCGAAUCAGUGCGUUUCACGCCAGCGUCGCCAUCCAGCCCAGACUUCAGCUCCUGGGCGUGCUCCAAAUGUACGCUGCGCAACCCGACGGGCGCGGGUCACUGUACGGCCUGCGGAUCCUCCAAACUGCAUGGUUUCUCGGAGCCGUCCAGCUGCUCAUCAUGCUCUCGGAAACAACCGCACUCCCACCCGCGUGCCUUUACCUCCACCUCCUCCUCGUCCUCCAUUUCGUCCCCGUCGGCGCAGGACAAGAGUGUGUGCCAGUGGACGUGUCCUGCCUGCACGCUGCUGAACGAGGGAAGGAUGAAGCACUGCGCCGCAUGUCACACGCCGCAGCAGUACCUGAAUCUGAGGAAAACCGGGAAGCCGCUCAAGCGCAGGGAGAGCAUGCAUGUGGAGGCCCGCAGGCGCACGGAUGAGGGAGAGGCCAAGGAAUUGUGGGAAAAUAUCGUCAGCUUCUGUAGGGAGAACGCAGUGAAUUUCGUGGAUGACAGUUUUCCUCCUGGUCCUCGAUCGGUCGGUUUCCCGGAAAACGACAGCGUCCAGCAGCGGAUCAAGAAGUGGCUCCGUCCUCAUGAGAUCAACUGCAAUAACUUUAAGGAUCGCGGUGUGAAGUGGUCUGUGUUCAGGACACCCCGUCCCUCAGAUAUUCUGCAAGGCCUUCUGGGAAACUGCUGGUUUCUGAGUGCGCUGGCGGUGUUGGCGGAGCGGCCGGAGUUGGUGGAGCGAGUGAUGAUCACCAGAAGCAUCUGUCAGGAAGGAGCCUAUCAGGUCCGGCUCUGUAAAGACGGCAUGUGGACCACCGUUUUAGUGGACGACAUGCUGCCCUGUGACGAAUACGGCUUUCUGCUCUUCUCGCAGGCUCAGCGGAGGCAGCUGUGGGUUGCACUGAUAGAGAAGGCUCUGGCCAAGCUGCAUGGCUCUUAUUUUGCGCUUCAGGCCGGUCGAGCGAUCGAGGGUCUGGCAACGCUCACCGGAGCCCCCUGUGAGAGUCUGAUGCUGCAGGUCAGCUCAACAAACCCUCGAGAAGAGCCCAUCGACACUGACCUCAUCUGGGCCAAAAUGCUGAGCUCCAAAGAGGCCGGUUUCCUGAUGGGUGCGUCCUGUGGGGGCGGGAACAUGAAGGUGGAUGAUGCUGUGUAUGAAUCUCUGGGGCUCCGCCCACGACAUGCCUACUCCAUACUGGACGUCAGAGACGUGCAGGGCUACAGACUGCUGCGUCUCAGGAACCCGUGGGGCCGGUUCUCCUGGAACGGCUCCUGGUCGGACGAGUGGAGCGACUGGCCGCAGCACCUCCGGCACGAGCUCAUGGCUCACGGCAGCAGUGAAGGCGUCUUCUGGAUGGAAUACGGAGACUUCAUUAAGUACUUUGACUCGGUGGACAUCUGUAAGAUUCAUCCAGACUGGCAGGAGGUUCGUCUGCAGGGCUGUUUCCCCUGCCGGGCCAGUAAACCGGUGACUGUAACGGCGCUUACGGUGCUGGAGAGAACGGCGCUGGAGUUCGCCCUCUUCCAGGAAGGCAGCAGGCGUUCAGACACGGCGGACAGUCACCUGCUGGACUUGUGCAUCAUGGUCUUCCGGGCCUCGUUCAGUAACGGGAAUAAGCUGGUUCUGGGUCGUCUGCUGGCACACAGCAAGCGUGCGGUCAAGAAGUUUGUAGGCUGCGAUGUGAUGCUGGAGCCGGGCGAGUACGCCGUGGUUUGCUGUGCCUUCAACCACUGGCAGAUGGACCUCAGCGGAGCCUCAACACCUGUGUCCAGCCCCACCAAUGCUCGCAGACCCAGUCAGGAUUUCCCAGGGUACAUUUUGGCCAUCUACAGCUCCAGACAGGUGAUGGUGGAGCAGGUGGAGGCCACGUCCACCACACUCGCAGACGCCAUCAUCCUGCUGACCGAGAACAAGGGGGAGAGACAUGAGGGUCGGGAAGGAAUGACCUGUUAUUACCUGACCCACGGGUGGGCGGGGCUUAUCGUUGUGGUGGAGAAUCGUCACCCAAAGUACUACCUCCAUGUGUCCUGUGACUGUACAGACAGUUUUAAUGUGGUGUCGACACGCGGCAGCCUGAAGACCAUCGACAGCGUUCCUCCUCUGCACAGGCAGGUUCUGGUGGUUCUGUCUCAGCUGGAGGGAAACGCCGGUUUCUCCAUCACACACAGACUGGCUCACAGGAAAGCAGCACAGGCGUCUUUGGGCGACUGGACAUCCAGUAAAGCCACACACUCGCCCCAGCUCACUCCAGACACUGACGGACUGCACAGACCACGGCCGCUUUGACACACGCUCACACACACACACACACACACACACACACACACACACACACACACACACACACACACACACACACACACACACACACACACACACACACACAAA